CCGCCGACCAGUUGCCCGACAUGUCGGCAUCGCGAACCCGCGGCAGUGUGACAGGCAGCCGAAAGAGCCGUGCCAUCAUCAGUCCGCCAGCAUCCGCCAUGUUUCUGACGGAGGUCCAACUGAAUGAUGCCGGAGGUGAUUCAGACGACGACGACCAACGUCUCGAGCAAGAGUUCCUGUCGAACCCCCUCACGUCGUACUACAAGAGCGACCCUGAAAAGGGUUUUACGAUGGACAUAAUGAUGAUGAUCGACAUGGCCAAAGUCGGAUCUCUGCGGGAGGAGUUCCAGCGAAAGGAGCGCGGGCUGUCGGUCGGUGAGUUCGUUCACGUCAUGCUCCGGUUUGUAAAGAGCAGCCAAAACGCGCAAGACGACAAGUCCCACCUGCACAAGUUGACGGAACCGCAGCUCGUCGCGUACUUGUGUGAGCUCUUUGCUCAGAUCGACAUUAACGGCGACGGGUCCAUGGAGUGGGAAGAGUUUACCUCGUUCAUCGUGGACACCGGGCUCGAAAGUCAACAGCCCAACUCGAUUCAGAUGUACCAUCACUCGUCAUGGGAAGACACGUCAAAGCACAGUGCCACGAUUGACCGCAUGUACUACUUCCCCGCGAAUGACCGCCUCGCUGUGUGUGAGUACGGCACGCAGAAUCUCAAGAUAUACGACGCGCGGUGUGAGCUCCAGCGCGUGAUCAAAUCGCCGGAUGGGUUCGUCCUGUGCGCAGAGUACAUCGACCGGCUCAACCAGUACGUCGUCGCGUCGUCCGACCUCCAGCUGCGCUUCUACGACGACACGAGCUACCGCUUGAUCAAGAGCUGCCAUACCCCCACGUCGCAAAACUGCCUACGGUGGUACACCCAAUCCAACAUGUUGUUUUCCGCUAGUGCCAGCGGCAUUAUUUACGCGUGGGACGCCGAUCGCAUGGAAGAGAAGCAUCACAUGGGCGGCAUCGGGCGGGACGGCCGCGUCCUCACGCGGUCCCAUGACGGCAUCGUGCUGGACUUGCUCAACUUGCCGACGCUGGAGACUCUCGCGUCGGCCAGCAUGGACAAGACCGUGCGGCUAUGGGACGUCAACACGGGCAAACACAAGCAACAGCUUGACGGGCACAUGAAGGGCGUGCGGUCGCUGGCGUACUCUGCCGAGUACCGCUUCCUCGUCUCAGCCGGGUUCGACUUCGACGCGUUCGUAUGGAACCCGUACGUGGAUCAGCUUAUUCUGCGGCUACACGGCCACCAGAACUCGUUGUGCGGCGUCGAGAUCAUCCCCGACACGCCGCAGAUCAUCACGGCCGACAUCGGCGGCGUCUUCAAGGUUUGGGACAUUCGCAAUUUUGCGUGCAUGCAAACGUUCACGGCGGAAAACGCCAACAUGACCGACAUCAAGUCGUUUGUGUCGGUGACGUCGCACAAGCGGCUUGUGGCCGGCGGCAAACGGAUGACGCUCUUUGACUACGAAAAGCUGCGCAACCCCAAGCUCACGGACGACUUUCCUGUGUUCCAAGCACUCUUCAACCCGAUUUCACUCACGUUUAUCACGGCGGCGGGCACGGACAUCAAAAUUUGGGACGCCAACCUGGGCAAGCUCAUUCGGAUUUACAAGGGGCUGAGUGGCACGGACUUGACCGCACUCUGCCUGGACAACCGCAGCCGCAAGUUUCUUGUCGGCGAUCACGAAGGCAACAUCAAAGUGUACGACUACCUGAACGGCACUUAUAUGAAGUGCUUUGCCUACCCGGACAUGGACAACAAGGCGCACGCGGCCGAGGUGUCGCGACUGUAUUACUGUAACGAGUAUCGCACCGUGAUCAGCACGUCGUGGGACACCAGCGUGUGCAUCCACGACGAAAGCGACCCCGACCGAGGCAUUUUGCUGCGGCGGAUGACGGGGGGCCACACUGGCGACAUUACGAGCCUCGGUUUUUCGUACAACUUGUCGCUUAUCGCAACCGGGUCGGUCGACUGCACCGUCCAGAUCUGGGAUUACGAAUUUGGACGGUUGGACGCCACGUGCAUCGGCCACACCACUGGCAUCGUGAGCCUGGUGUUCCUCGAUCCGUACCCGCUCCUCGCGUCAUGCGACCUCAGCGGCAACGUUGCGAUUUGGGCCAUGCGCCCGUCCAAGUACAAGGGGAAAUGCGUGUGUCGAUUUCGUUUGCAUAACCCACUGGCGUCCAAACUUGUGUCGAACCCGUAUUUGGUCGCCGUCACGACGCAUAUUCAACACGUCACGUCAGCGUCAAGGCAGGAGGGUGGCGAUGCCGCCGGGGCGUCGUCUCCGUCGGUAUCUGCCUUAAUCGAUGCGUACUACUUGGUCGGUGGCGACGACAAAGGCGGACUGAGUGUGUGGGACGUCCUGCCCCUUCUCAAGCGCCUCGAAACCGAGUUUCAACUCGUCCCAAUCGAGAAGCGCGUCGAGUGCGCCAACCCUCAGCGCAACUUGCGCGUCCACGCGACAGAGCUCGUGAAGAAGUUCAAGGAAGGCAUUGAGUGGCAAGCAUAUUUAAACCGAGAGCCGCAGUGCACGUUCCAUUUUGACGGCCAAAUGCCGCUCGUCCACUUGACCAUGCUCGAUUGUGCGUACCAGUGGCAAGGCCACGACGACGCUGUCUACUCGGUCCAAGUCAUCGUCGACAAUGCGACUGUGACGCUUCUCACGGCGUCAUACGAUCGGCUCGUCAAGGUGUGGACUUUGACGGGCACCCCUCUCGGGUCGCUCACUCAAGGAGACAUGGAGUUGGCAAGACAGCCGUAUUCGUUUCCGAUCGACUAUUCGUCGCGCGAGCUGGACAAGCUGAGGCAUGCAAAACCCGUCAUCAAAGAAGCAAGGCACAUGCAGCACGAAGAAGAUUUGGCGGCGUACAAAUCUCAACAAGCCAGGAAGAAGUCGGUCGUAGCGCCACCGGGACGAACAGAUUCCAUCGACGAUGUCGACGGCACCGACUAUUUAUUCGAGGCGACGCCAACUACCCUGCCACCUCUUCAAAAAGCAUCCAAAGGAACCUCUUUCUGGGCAUCGCGAGGUCGAAAGGGCUCGAAUCGGGUCAAACCUGUCGACCAGAAGCAUGCAGGCAGGUCAUUUCGAUCCUUGCUAAAGAAAGGAUAACGGUGCAGCCGCAAGACCACACCAUACUCGC